AUGCCGAUACCGAUACCGACACCGCUGCCAAAAAAGGGCACCACCAACAACAAGAAGAAGAAGAAGAAGAAGACGAAGUCAAAAGCACAAGCAAAAGCAAAAGCAAAAGCAAAAGCAAAAGCAAAAGCAAUGGCAAACAACCGAAAGGAAGAAAAAUGCAAGCAACACAACACACACGUUUACACCUUUUUCUUCUUCUUUUUUAAUUUUUUUAUUUUCAAAGAAGAAAAGCACUGGACCGGGCUCAUGGGUGGUAAGGACGGUUUGCGCCGGUCAAUCGGAUCGCCACGCCCAACGUACCUGCCAAAUCUAUUGGCUCGGCCGAUCGAGCCCCCGUGUAUUUCUUUCUUCUGCGCACCAACCACACCCAUAGAGAGUGUAAUUCGUCUCAGUUUUAUGUAUCUCUCAAACUCUCUCUUUCUCUCAAACUCUCUCUAUCUCUCUCAAACUCUCUCUCUCAAACUCUCUCUCUCAAACCCUCUCUCUCAAACUCUCUCUCUCAAACUCUCUCUCUCAAACUCUCUCUCUCUCAAACUCUCUCUGUCUCUCAAACUCUCUCUCUCUUUCUCACGCCUUGUGUACGAACAACGUGACAGCUCGCCUCUUACACCACAAAAAUGGGGCUCGUACCUACAACAUGUACUGCCCCUUUGCCAGCCAUGCCAUUCCAAGCCCGUUGGCUAA